CUCAUGUGGACGCCGACAGCAACUAGUUGCUGUCUUUGCUUGCUUCGUUCCUGACUUCCUGUUCCUCAGCCGCCCAUCAUUCUCGCCAACACAUUUUUUUCCAUACUCUUUAAAAAACAACAAAUCUAUUUUAUUCAUAGCAAUCAAUAUUUUGAAGCCUCAAGGCUCAAUCAAGCCCCUUGUAAGUUAUACUCAUUCAAAGUCGUUGAUUUUCCACAUCUGAUCUCAUGGCCAACCUCAACAUGCUCCUCCAACAAUUCUUGCAUGUGUUGUUGUUCCUUCUGAUCCCUGUUUCAUCUCAGCCUAACCAGCUCUUCUAUGAUGGAUUCUUGGGAAGCAACAUCAUGUCCCUUAGAGGAGUAGCAGAAAUAGAGUCAAAUGGGAUACUGAAACUCACAGAUGAUUCAAGUAGAGUAGUGGGUCAAGCUUUUUAUCCAACUGGUUUAAGGUUCAAGAACUCUAGUGAUGGUAAAGCUUUCUCCUUUUCUUCUUCUUUUGCUUUGAUUAUAUUCCCUGAGUAUGAAAAGUUAGGAGGGCAUGGUCUUGCUUUUACAAUUGCAUCUUCUAAGAAUCUCAAGGCUCUUCCAAGUCAGUAUCUUGGUCUUCUAAACUCAACUAGCACAGGGAACUCCUCCAACCACCUCUUUGCUGUUGAGUUUGACACUGCCCAAGAUUUUGAGUUUGGGGACAUUGAUGACAACCAUGUUGGAAUUGACAUCAAUAGCUUGGUCUCCAUUGCUUCUGCACCUGUAGGUUACUACACCGGGGGUGAUGAUAAUUCAACCAAACAGAAUCUCACGCUCACAAGUGGGGAACCCAUUAUAGCUUGGGUUGAUUAUGAUGCUUCUCAAAGUAUUGUCAAUGUUACAAUUUCUGAAUCUUCUACCAAACCAAAGAGACCUCUCUUGUCCCAUCAUGUGGACCUUUCACCAAUCUUUGAGGAUUUAAUGUUUGUUGGGUUCUCUGCAUCAACAGGGUUGCUUGCUAGCUCCCAUUACAUCUUGGGUUGGAGCUUCAAGAUCAAUGGACCAGCUCCACCCCUUGAGCUCUCUUCUCUCCCACAGCUUCCAGGCCCAAAGAAGAAACACACAUCUCUGAUAACUGGGGUUUCAAUUUCUGGUUUUCUUGCAUUGUGUGGUUUCUUAUUUGGCAUCUACAUGUACAGGAGGUACAAGAAUGCUGAUGUCAUAGAAGCUUGGGAGCUUGAGAUUGGGCCACAUAGGUACUCCUAUCAAGAGCUCAAGAAAGCAACAAAAGGGUUCAAGGACAAAGAGCUGCUUGGACAAGGUGGGUUUGGUAGUGUUUACAAAGGAACAUUGCCAAAUUCCAAUACCCAAGUUGCUGUUAAGAGAAUUUCACAUGACUCCAAACAAGGCCUUAGGGAAUUUGUGUCAGAAAUAGCCAGCAUAGGCCGGCUUCGCCACCGGAAUUUGGUUCCGUUGCUGGGGUGGUGUCGCCGCCGUGGUGACCUCCUCCUUGUGUAUGAUUUCAUGGAAAAUGGGAGCUUAGAUAAGUACUUGUUUGAUGGGCCAAAAACAAUCUUAAGUUGGGAGCAAAGGUUUAAGGUCAUCAAGGAUGUUGCUUCAGCCCUUUUGUAUCUUCAUGAGGGCUAUGAGCAGGUGGUGAUACAUAGAGAUGUGAAGGCUAGCAAUGUGCUUCUAGAUGGUGGACUCAAUGGAAGAUUAGGAGAUUUUGGAUUAGCAAGGUUGUAUGAACAUGGGGCUAACCCAAGUACCACAAGGGUGGUGGGGACCUUUGGCUAUAUGGCACCUGAGGUGCCUAGGACAGGGAAGUCCACUCCUAACUCAGAUGUUUUUGCAUUUGGUGCACUUUUACUAGAAGUGGCAUGUGGGCUCAGACCACUUGAGCCAAAGGCGUUGCCAGAAGAUGUGGUUUUGGUUGAUUGUGUGUGGAACAAGUACAAACAAGGGAGAAUACUUGAUUUGGUGGAUCCUAAACUAAAUGGUGCUUUUAAUGAAAGAGAGGUUCUCAUGGUGUUGAAAUUGGGAAUUCUAUGUUCAAAUGCCGCACCCGCGGCUAGGCCGAGCAUGAGACAGGUGGUGAGGUUUUUGGAUGGAGAAGUUGGAUUGCCAGAUGAGUUGAGAAAGCCAGAAGAGGUAGGAUAUCAGGAGGGUUUUGAUGAAUUCAUGAACUCACUUGAACCUUCUUCCUUUUAUCAGAUGAGCACAAGUUCCUAUGCUAUAAAGACUGACAUGGAUGCUAGGUUUCCUUUUAUUGAUACAUCACUUUAUACUCUCCAUGCUAGAGGAGAAACAAGGUGAUUAUCUACAUCGUACUUAGAGUUGUACUUUUGAUAGUUGUUUAUUUUAUCAUCUCAUGAUGUCUUAUAAUUGUAGAGAGAAAGUUAUUGUAAUGAUAAAUUUAAUCCCAACAUAGGAAGUUUGUAUUCUAAUUA